AAUAUUAAGAUAAAUAAGCUAAGUAAUAAACUUAAUUUUAAAAAACUUAGACUUUAUAAAGUUAUAAAAAAAAUCGGACCUGUUAAUUACAAAAUAGAUCUUUUACUUACCUUAGGAAAACGAGGAAGAACUAUAUAUUUAAAUUUUUAUAUUUUACUAUAA